AUGAAGUUCCUUCAGAUUGCACCUACACUAUUGCCAGUGGCUCUCGCCCAAAGCUCCUGCAGCCAAUAUGCAACCUUCUCUGGCGGCAAUUAUGCACUGAGCAACAACCUCUGGGGACAAACCGCCGGUAGUGGCUCUGGCUGUAUCACUGAUGUAUCCUUGGGCGGUUCCGCCGUGUGGUCAACGACCUGGAACUGGUCUGGAGGCCAGAACAACGUCAAGGGAUACCCCAACAUUGCGCUCAACAUUCCAAACAAACGACUUGUCAGCAGCAUCUCAAGCAUGCCCACCACUGCCCAGUGGAGCUACACUGGCAGCAGCCUUCGUGCGGAUGUGGCCUAUGAUCUAUUUACUGCAUCAAAUCCCAACCAUGUGACCUAUUCCGGAGACUACGAACUCAUGAUUUGGCUCGGAAAAUACGGAGAUAUCCAGCCCAUUGGAUCUUCGCAGGGGACAGUCAACGUCGGCGGCACGAGCUGGAAUCUCUGGUACGGCUACAAUGGCGCCAUGCAAGUAUACAGCUUCGUGGCUCCCGGAAACCUCACCAACUGGAGCGGAGAUGUCAAGAACUUUUACACGUAUCUGCAGAACAACAAGGGGUAUCCUGCCUCAAGCCAAUACGUCCUCAGUUACCAAUUUGGCACUGAGGCCUUCACUGGAAGCGGAACGUUGAAUAACACUUGGACAGCAUCUAUCAACUAG